AUGGUCCUAUCACGAGGCAGUUGUACCGAUAUAAACUGGGGUGGUGAUUGCGUAGCUGCAAGACCAUGUGCCCGCGCAAACCCGACAUCCGGAUACCCCCUUGUCAACGCCGAUAUCGCCAACCACCAGUUUUGCUGCGGCUCUGUCGUAAACUCCUCCGCGGCGGACGGAAUCACGUGCUCGGGUGAUGGACCGUUCCCUGUCCCAACUGGCACCGUUAUUCCAGGUGUCGCUGCAUUGGCAUCCGUGGCUUCCACAUCUUCUCCUAGCUCUAGCGCCACUAUUCCUGCUGGUAAUAGCAACGACACAUUAUCAGAGAAACCGGAGAAGUCCGACGACCAGUCCACGAAGCUUGCCAUCGGGUUGGGACUCGGUCUCCCGUUGGGCAUCAUUGCAGGCACUGCGUUGAUGUGGGGUGCCUGGGAGAGAAAGAAGUCAGUCUCUGCCAGAAGGGAGAUGGAUCAGUUGAAGGCUACGAUGUCAUACCAGUACGCUCCGGUGCCACAAAUGCAGUCUCCGCCCCCGGUCGAGAUGGGCCAUAACGAGUACAGUGUUGCGGAGUUGCCACCUGGGGCCUACAACAAGUGA